AUGCUGUCGACGUUGAGCAAGAGUGCGCGGCUCUCGCAAACCAGAUUCCUUCGUCUGUCCCAUUCGGCUGCCGCUGCCAAGGAUGCGAAACCGGCGAAGAAGACGGCUGCCGUCGACAGUCCAUCGUUCGUCAUGAACCUUUUCAGAGGAAAGGCCGUCUCUGAACAGGUACACCAUCAAACAUUUAGUUCUUUGUGUCUAUCUGGUUGUUCAGGUGUUCCCAUAUCCAUUGAAACUGACUGACGAGCAGAAGGAGACCCUCGGAAUGGUGAUGUCACCACUUGAGAAGAUGCUCGCCGAAGUCAAUGACGUUGUCAAGUAAUUAGCAGUCUUCUCACUGUUACCGCAAUUACAUUUUUCAGGAACGAUGAGACUGCAGACAUCCCAAGAGCGGUGCUCGAUCAGUUCGCUGAGCUCGGAACUUUCGGAGUUCUUGUGCCGCCAGAGCUCGAAGGAUCCGGAUUCAACAACUCUCAAAUGGCCAGAGUCGCUGAGAUUGUCGGAGCUUACGAUCUUGGAUUCGGAGUUGUGAUGGGAGCUCAUCAAUCGAUCGGAUACAAAGGAAUUCUUCUCGAGGGAACUGAGGCUCAGAAGCAGAAGUACCUGCCGGAUCUAGCCACGGGGCGCAAGUUUGCUGCAUUUGCUCUCACUGAGCCAUCAACUGGAUCGGAUGCUAGUGUAAGAACCCGACACAUUCAGACAUUUUGCAAAAUCCCUUGUAGUCUAUCAGAAGCAGAGCCGAACUUUCUCCCGAUGGAAAGCACUACAUUUUGAACGGAGGAAAGAUCUGGAUCUCGAACGGAGGAUUUGCCGACGUCUUCACUGUCUUCGCUCAGGUACCUCCUAUUUCUACAGAAGCACUAAGUAAUUCCGAUGUUACAGACACCAGUCAAGCAGGCUGACGGAUCCACCAAGGACAAAAUUUCGGCAUUCAUUGUCGAGAGGGCAUUCGGAGGAAUUACCAGUGGACCCCAGGAGAAGAAGAUGGGUAUCAAGGGAUCGAACACAACCGAAGUUCACUUCGACAACGUUAAAAUUCCGGUGGAGAACCUUCUCGGAGAGGAAGGCAAAGGAUUCUAUGUUGCGAUGAACAUCCUGAACAACGGAAGAUUUGGAAUUCCUGCGGCGUGCACUGGAGCCAUGAAGCACUGCAUUCAGAAGACCGUCGACCACGUCACGACUCGUGUUCAGUUCGGAAAGAAGCUGCAAGAGUUCGGAAAUGUGCAAGAGAAGCUGGUAGAUAUGACCGCGAGACUCUACGCCACCGAAUCGAUCGUCUACAUGCUGGCCGCCAACAUGGAUCGUGGAAUCAAAGAAUACCAACUCGAGGCUGCCAUUGGAAAAGUUAUGGCUUCCGAGAACGCGUGGCAUGUCUGCGAUGAGGCAAUUCAAUUGCACGGAGGAAUGGGAUUCAUGCGCGAGACUGGACUCGAGAGAGUCCUCAGAGAUCUCCGCAUCUUCCGUAUUUUCGAGGGGGCCAACGACGUUCUCCGUCUCUUCAUUGCUCUUACCGGAGCUCAGCACGCCGGAAAACAUCUGGCCGAACAGGCUUCCGGAGUCGGAGGACUCAUUGGACUGGCCGUUCAGCGUGUGACGGGGUAAGAGAACGAAACGAUUGAGAUUUUAGAUAAAUUCAUUUCAGUGGGAACACUGGAUCUGACUUUGGAAGUGUCGUCGACCCAAGCCUACAGGAUUCCGCAAAGAGCCUCGAUCAACAAAUUGCUCUCUUCGGUCAAACUGUUCAGGGUCUUCUGAUGAAGCACAAGAAGGGAAUCAUUGGUAAUUACAAUUAUUCUGACACUUUUGUAAAAUCUCUUUUCAGAUCGUCAAUACGAAAUGAUCCGCGUUGCCAACGCCGCCAUUGACAUCUACAGCUCUAUCGCCGUGCUCUCUCGUGCCACGUUCACCAUCAAGAACAAGUCUUCCAGUGCCGAUUUCGAGCGCCAGGUUGCGACCUAUUAUGUUAGCAAUGUAAGUUCAUUAAAGAAACCAGCAAAACAAAUAAUUUUGUAAUUCAGGCGGUUCGCUCUGCUAACAGAAAUCUGAAGGAUGCUGCGAGCGGAGUCGAAAAUGCGACGAAGGUUGCCACGAUCGAGUCCCUGGCGAAGGAAGUGUGCACAAAUGGAGGACUUCCCCUCCAGCACCCAAUCGAACUGUAG